UAAGCGGAGAAAUAUUUGCUACAUUGACACUUUUACACCUAGUAGAAGUACGUUUCAUGAAUGGCUCCAACCAUGCUGUAGUACGUCUCGUGAAUGGCUCCAACCAUGCUGAAGGAAGAGUGGAGGUCUUGUACGGUGGAUCGUGGGGAACUGUCUGUGAUACCUGGUGGGAUCUAAAAGAUGCAAAGAUGGUUUGCAGAAUGCUGGGGUUCGACGGUGCUCUAGACGCGCCACGAUCAGCCAGGUUUGGUCAGGGUUCUGGUGAUGUUCUGCGUGUCGAUUGCUCGGGAACAGACUGUUCAAAAGUCGAGACCAGCACUCCUUGUGGACAUCACAUGGACGCAGGUGCCGUAUGUUAUUUAGGAGCUCAUCCUAACCCAUUGCAAGUUCGGCUUGCUAAUGGAUCUAUCGAUGCUGAGGGCAGAGUAGAAGUACUGUACGAUGGAUCCUGGGGGACUAUCUGUCAUUACUGGUGGGAUCUGAGAGACGCGAGGGUGGUUUGUAGAAUGCUGGGUUUUGGUGGAGCCUUGGACGCACCGAGAUCUGCUAGGUUUGGUCAGGGCUCUGGUCGUAUUCUUCUCGAUAGGGUCAACUGUGAUGGAACAGAAGACAACCUUGCAGAAUGUGAUUAUUCAGGGAAUGCACGUUACUCAUGCAGUCAUACAAGUGAUGCAGGUGUCAUUUGUUACUCAGGAGGUUUGUUUUCUAGGGAUUUUAACCUAGUAGUACACCUACCCGACUAAAAUUUUCAUUGGGCACGAACAUCAGAAUAGCUUUAAAAAGGUGACUUUAAAAGUCUAAAUUUUUCCUCCUAAUUUAUUUCAUUUUAAAAUAAGCCGAAUGUUUCACAAAGUAGAAAGUUAUUGUAUUGUACAAUUGUAAGGAGUGUCGUGGUUGAGUGGUUUAAGGCGUUGACUGGAGAUGCGAAGGUCGAGGGUUCGAAUCCCGACACGGCACAAAUAUCCUUUGGCAAGAUAGUAACCUGCACUUGCUAC